GUGUGUUGCCGCAGGCUGCGGGUGGCGGGGAGGAAGCAGGCCCCAGGCCGGGCUCCGACGUGCGGGGGGGCGACGUGAAAAGGGCCCCGCACGGAUACACAGGAGCGGUGGGGGAGCACACGUACGUCAACACCCACGUGAACACCCACGUGAACACCCACGUGCCGUGCGCGGCGAGGGGGGCCACGCAGCCCCCCCACAGAGACGCCUUCGACAUGAGGCCGUUUGAGGACGCGCUGAAGCAGCAGGGGGUUUCGCCCCCCCUCCCCGACGGGGGCUCCCCCCCGCCCCCCGGCUCCUCCCCCCCGCCCCCUCCCCCCCCCACCGCCGCCGCCGCCUCCAUGGAGGAGGCUCUGCGGCGCGAGCGCUGGUACCACGGCAAGAUGAGCCGGCACGACGCGGAGCAGCUGCUGCAGGAGGAUGGCGACUUCCUGGUGCGGGAGUCGAUGACGAGCCGCGGCCAGUACGUCCUCACGGGGCUGCAGCAGCAGCACGGCAAGCACCUGCUGCUCGUCGACCCCCACGGAGUGGUGCGCACCAAGGACCGCCGCUUCGACAGCGUCAGCCACCUGAUUGGCUAUCACCGUGACAACCAGCUGCCAAUCAUUUCAGCCGGGAGCGAGCUGUCUCUGAAACAGCCGGUGGAGCGCCAGACGUGACCAGCAGUCACACGUGACCAGCACACUCACGUGACCAUCACUCACACACGUGACCAGCACACUCACGUGACCAUCACUCACACACGUGACCAGCACACUCACGUGACCAGCAGUCACACGUGACCAGCACGCUCACGUGACCAGCACACUCACGUGACUGAUUAGCACACUCACGUGACCAUCACUCACAAACGUGACCAGCACACUCACGUGACCUAGCACACUCACACACGUGACCAUCACUCACACGUGACCAGCACUCACGUGACCAUCACUCACAUGUGACUGAUUAGCACACUCACGUGACCAUCACUCAACACAUGUGACCAUCACUCAACACAUGUGACCAUCACUCACACGUGACCAGCACGCUCACGUGACCAUCACUCACACACGUGACCAUCACUCACACGUGACCAUCACUCACACGUGACCAUCACUCACACGUGACCAUCACUCACACGUGACCAGCACGCUCACGUGACCAUCACUCACACACGUGACCAUCACACACACGUGACCAGCACGCUCACGUGACCAUCACUCACACGUGACCAUCACUCACACGUGACCAGCACGCUCACGUGACCAUCACUCACACACGUGACCAUCACUCACACGUGACCAGCACACUCAUGUGACCAUCACUCACACGUGACUGAUUAGCACUCACGUGACCAUCACUCACACGUGACCAUCACUCACUCGUGACCAUCACUCACACGUGACUGAUUAGCACACUCACGUGACCAUCACUCUCACGUGACCAGCACACUCACGUGAUCAUUACUCACGUGACCAUCACUCUCAUGUGACCAGCACACUCACGUGACCAGCACCAUCACUCACACGUGACUGACUAGCACACUCACGUGAUCAUCACUCACGUGAUCAUCACUCACGUGAUCAUCACUCACGUGAUCAUCACUCAC